AUGGCAACACCACCUGGGCUUCCACUUCCUGUUAGCCGUUCACUUUUAAAGACACUACGACGAUUAAGUCAGCCUAUGUAUCGCCGUACUUCGUUUCGACCUACCGAAAUUGUUACGGCAUUGUCUUCAAACCGGCGCAUCACAAAUAGAGAACAACAAGACGCUCAAGAAUUCUUUCAAUUAAUUUCUAGUGCAUUGGAUACUGAGGCACAACGUGUUGUUCAGUACACACGGUUCGGCGGAGGAUUCAAGGAAUUGCUCUCUGUAGACAGUCAGGGACAGCGUGGUAGUUCCCAUGCAUGGUUAGGUCGCGGGCUCAAGGGUCUAGUGAACCCAGUCAUCAAGAGAAAGGAGUUUGAGAAUCCAUUGACUGGACUAUUGGCAAAUAGAUUAUCUUGUCUAAAGUGCAAAUACACGGGUGCCAUUCGACACUUUUCAUUUAAUAAUAUACAGUUGAAUUUGCCAAACAAGUAUACAGCCACACUAGAAGAAUGUCUGUCUCGAUUUACAGAUAUAGAAUACCUGCAAGACGCUUCUUGUCGUCGAUGCUCCUUUAUCGCUACCAUAGAAACGCUUGAACAAGAAAUUGCACGUUUGAAAAAAAAUUCAAAAAAGACCAACAAAAAAAAACAUUUAGCUCCACUUCAAGCCAAGAAAUCUCGAAUGGAACACUUGUUAAAGAUGAGACGCAUAGAUGAUGACGAUGAAGAAGGAUCCAAGGAAGAGUGUAUGAGGAUGAGUUGUUUGAGCAGUAAGCAAGUUAUGUUGGCGAAACCGUCCAAAAUCCUGUGUCUACACGUGUCACGAUCAGCAUACCUAAGCACUGGCAUGGUUUACAAGAAUCAAUGUCGCUUAUUAUUCCCAGAAUACCUGGACAUAGGGCCUUAUACCACAGACGGAGCAGAUAUCAAUGUCGAGCAACCACAAGAAUCAAUGUCAAGUCCAUCUGAUCAAAGUCAUGAUAGAAGAAUAUAUAAGCUCAUGAGCAUCGUUGUACACUAUGGAAGUCACAGCUAUGGUCAUUUUGUUGCGUACAAAAGACGGAUAUACACAGAUCGUUGCGAGUGUGAUCAAUGUGGUGCCGAGCAUAAGAAAGAGAUUUACAAUGGACAGGAUGUGUGGUACAGGAUAUCAGAUACCAAAGUAGAUGAAUGCACACUAGAAGACGUAUUGCAUUCUAACCCGUAUAUGCUGCUUUAUGAACUGGAUGAAUCAAUGAGCAGUCGUGAUUGUUGUGCAAGUGCCAGUAGUAGAAGUAGCAUUAGCAGUGAGAGCAGCACGCAUGUCCCUCUUUUUGAGGAAAAGUCAAAUGAUAUAUACAGUCCUAUAGAUGAUGCAGCCAAAGAAGCACUUUUUGUAGCAAACGCACUACUUCGUUCAGCUGCAUAA